UUAAAAAUAAUAAUAAUAAAGCCAUAGAAAUAUUGCAUUUCUUUUCUUCUUCUCUACGUGAGAGAUGAUGAUAUGAUAACAGUCUACCAUUUAUUCUGAUCAUCCAGUAGUUCACUUUUGAGGGAAAGGGUCAUACAUUUAUUUUGCUCAGACAAUUAAACUGGAAAACUACAUUGCAAGAAGCUUGAAGUUGGUUGAAUGCAGAAGGCGAAGUAAUAACUAAUGUUGGUGUCUGCCUCUUCGUUCAUGCUUCUGUCUCCUGGUCUCCCAACCCUCAUUGCUACAACUCCCAAGAAAACAAAAAGUAAUUAGCUAAGUAGUCAAAUUCAAAAUAUUGCCUUUAUGGCACCCCAGCUACCCCACUUUUACUUCAACCAUGAAAUGUUUGAUUAAAUUUCUUUCGUCCUUGCUGAGGAUUUAUUUCGUCUUCUGGGUAACUGAGAUAUUGUGUUGCCAUGUGAUUUCAGUGCACCUGUUUCCAUACUUUAGUUGUUGCGUUGCUUUCACCUCUUCCUCGAGUUUCGUUCAUUCUUACUUCGCAUUUGGUUUUUCAGAAUUGUUUUCUAGGAAAAUUCCUUUCAAUUGAAAUCUCCGUGCAGUUAAAUUAACUCCCACAACCGUUCCCCACAGUUUGGCGUCCUAGAUUUUUAUGUCGUGUUGGAUUUUCAUUUUCUAGUUGACGGUUCGCUUCUAAUUCCUCGUCUCAUUUUCUAUGCGUUUUCUGCUUCAUCAAGUUUCACAUUUUCCUGGUGGAUUUGGAUUUGGAUUUGUAAUUUGUUCUCUUUAUAGGUUCUGGGUUUGAGUCGUAGAAAAUGGGGGACGAGGUGGAUUCCCCUGUUGGUGUUCUUGAGGAUUAUUUUUUCAAGAGUUCAGAAUCAGAAACUAGUUCUUCCAAAGAACCUGGUACUACGGAUUCUGAUAAGUCAAAGCCCGGUUCUAGAUGGCGUGCGUUUCUUCAAUUGUUGAGGGUCAAAUCGAAGAAGCCGGUGGCCACAUUGUAUCCUCUAAGUGUCCUCAAACUCUCCAGAAGAUUCACCAGUAGCAUGAGGGAGACUGUCAUAGAUGCUUCUUCCUUUCAUAGUUCACCCUGGAAGAUCUUCACUCACCAUGAGAUCCAAAUUGCAACCAAUUACUUCGCCCAAGAAAAUUGUAUUGGAAAAGGUGGUUAUGCUGAGGUUUACAAAGGGUGUUUGCUAAAUGGUCAGCUGGUGGCGAUUAAACGAUUGGCACGUGGAGCAGAAAACGAAACUAUAGGGGAUUUCUUAUCAGAACUUGGCAUAAUGGCUCAUGUAAACCAUCCCAAUACUGCUAAAUUAGUUGGCUAUGGAGUGGAGGGAGGAAUGCAUUUGGUGCUUGAGUUGUCUGAAAAAGGGUGCUUAGCUUCAGUGCUGAAUGGUUCCAAGGAGAAGCUACCAUGGCCUGUUAGGCAGAAAAUAGCAUUAGGAACAGCCAAGGGUAUAUUGUAUCUUCACGAAGGCUGUCAAAGAAGAAUUAUUCACAGAGAUAUAAAAGCAUCAAAUAUCUUGCUUACUGAGGACUUUGAGCCGCAGAUUUGUGAUUUCGGGCUAGCAAAAUGGCUACCAGAGAAUUGGACCCACCACACCGUUUCAAAAAUCGAAGGGACUUUUGGUUACCUUGCUCCAGAAUACUUGCUUCAUGGGAUUGUGGAUGAGAAAACAGAUGUUUUUGCCUUUGGUGUAGUGCUAUUAGAAUUAGUGACUGGGCGAAGAGCACUUGAUUAUUCACAACAAAGCCUUGUUUUGUGGGCAGAACCUUUUCUGAAAAAGAAUAAUAUCAGGGAGCUGAUUGAUCCUUCACUUGAUGAUGUUUUUGACUGCCGGCAGAUUAAAAUUAUGCUUUACACAGCUUCUUUAUGCAUUCAACAAUCCUCUAUUCGUCGCCCCUCUAUGAACCAGGUUGUACAGCUUCUGAAUGGUAACGUUAGCUGCUCUAGCUUCACCAAGAAAUCUCAACUUCCAUUCACUCGAAGGGACUUUCUAGAAGAGUUCAUUGAUUCUGAUUAAUUGAAAGGAACAUAAAUCAUUAGAAAUUGUUAUUAAAUGAUGACAGUGAUGUAUCUAAUUUUCAUUUUUUUUUUCUCAGGAAAAGGAAAACCAAAAGCUAUUUUUCCCCGACAUGUGAUUAAAGGGAUUGGAGUUUUUACAGA